CCUCACUGUACCCACCAGCCGCAUGUCCACACCGUGGCGUUUCGUCACUACUCACACUUUCUUACACGACCACGACGGGCAAUACAUACUUGCGAAUCACUUCAUUCCCAUAUCCCACCCAGCACACCACUCUUUUCUAACGCCCGAACGGCAUCCCAGCACACCGGUAUCGUCAUCAUCCACUCCGCAAAAAUGUCUACCACACUAGCCCCCACGUCCCACCCCCUCCCCUCCAUGUCCCCAGACCUCCCCCCCGGCAUAUCCAAACCCCCCUUGCUAAACUACAUCCUCUCCUUCCUCCUCGUCGGUCUCGCCUGGGGAUUUACGACCCCCUUCCUUCGGCGGGCCGCCAAGGCGCAUAACCCUCCGCCUCACCCGCUUCUCGAGCGAGAGUCAGUGCAAAGGGGGAGCGCUGUGAAAAGGAAGGCGCUGGGCGCCUGGUUCGCGGUGACGGACCUGGUGAGGAAUUGGAGGUAUGCGUUGCCGUUGGGGAUCAAUUUGAGUGGGAGUUUGUGGUUCUUUUUGUUGGUUGGGGGGUCAGAGCUGAGUUUGACGGUGCCGAUUGUUAAUACGACGGCUUUUCUGUUUACGGUUAUUGGCGAGUGGUGGGUUGAGGGGAAGGUUAUCAGUCGUGAAACCAUGCUGGGAAUGGUCCUGUGUUUGGGCGGUAUUGCGCUUUGUGUUCAGAGCAAGAAUGUUUGAGCGUUGGUGUUAGGAUUGGAUAUCUAGUUUUGAAUAUGUUCUGUACAGUUACAAGUACGGUUGGUGAUGUUGAAUCAAUUUCGAAUAUCUAUAGCUCUAACUCCCUCGAGUUUUCGA